AUGGCUGUUGAACUCGCAUCUGUGGCUUCUGCCCAACUUCCUAUCCAUGAGGAGAGUGGGGAGGAUAGGGAGUCGCUCGUACCGGCUCUACCGCCGCCAGAUCGAGGUCCCGCGGCCUGGAAGUUUCUCUUCGGCAUCUUUACCAUUGAGGCAGUUCUUUGGGGGUUCCCUCUCUCGUAUGGUGUCUUCCAAGAGUAUUAUUCCAAGCAGCCCGAGUUUGAAGGCGACUCCAACCUUGCUGUCAUUGGAACUGUGUCGACGAGUAUAUAUUUCCUAGGGGCUCCCAUCGCUACGCCUUUGGUCAAACGGUUUCAGCGCUGGCAACGCCACAUGAUUACCGCCGGCUGGGCUGGCUGUGUCCUGUCUCUCGUCGCCGCCUCUUUCAUGAAGAGCGUCAACGGCCUCAUUGUCACCCAGGGUGUGCUAUACGGGACAAGCUUUAUCUUGCUUUACUUCCCGCUACUGAUUAUGCUCAAUGAAUGGUUCGUGCAGCGACGUGGAGUUGCGUACGGCGUCAUGUCCGCAGGCAGUGGUGCUAGUGGAGUUGGAUACCCGUUCCUCCUGGAGAUGUUGCUGUCCAAGUACGGAUAUCAGACAACUCUUCGAGCGGUGGCCGUGGCAGCGUUUGUGUUGGGUGGUCCCAUCUUAUUCAUGCUUAAGCCCCGGCUCCCGCCUUCACAUCACGGAGCGCUGCGCAUACUCGACUUUGGGUUUGCGAAGAAACCGCUGUUUUGGGUCUUUGCUGUAUCCAACUUGAUCCAGGGCUUCGGUUACUAUAUCCCGGCGCUGUACCUACCGACUUAUGCGUCUCUCAUCGGCAUCUCAGGAACCUUGGGCGCUUUGAUUCUCGCCGCUGAAAACUUGGCUAUCGUCAUCAGUCAACUCAUCUUUGGCUUCAUCCUAGACCGGACUAACAACAUACUCCUCCUCAUCUUCAUCUCGUCGUUUGUAUCCGCUGCUGUCUCUUUCACACUUUGGGGAUUCGCUCACUCAUUUGUGACGCUUCUCAUGUUUGCCCUUCUCUUUGGUUUAUUCGCUGGAGCUUUCCCUGUCCUCUGGGCUAAGUUUGGGUCAGUCAUCGCGGAGGAUCCGGCGCAGAUCUAUAGUCUGAUGGCCUUUGGAAAGGGGAUUGGAAACCUUGCGACAGGCCCUGUGACGGCUAAGCUGUUGACGCGGCCCGUUAGUUCUGGAUAUGGAAUUGGCAAGUUUGAGCCUGUUAUUAUUUUCUUGGGGUCUUUCAUGUUUUGCUCUUCCCUGGCUAUCUUUGGCUGGCCGCUUCAGCGUCGUGCCAGAUAA